ACCUCUAUAUAAACCUGCUGCUAACUCCAUCCCCUCAUAUUCUUCUUCCUAAAACAGAUAUGUACAACUCGCACUGAAACGUACGUCGAGACAAGCAGUGACGCAGGAUGUUCGUCUAUCGUCGAAAGGAUCUCCCUCCUGACCCCGUCUUCCCAGCUAAUCUAGAGAAGCUUGGGUACUUUGUGAAUGACAAGGACCAGAUCAGGAAGAUAACCCGCCCUAAUGAGGAGUUUCAGUUCAAAAUAAAUAGGAACCCUCGAUGGAAUGAGGCACAGAGAGAAGCUAUGAAUGCAUGCAUUCGCGACAUCGUGUCCGGUCGACUGCAUGACCUAGGUUUCAGAACGAUCAGACUUCCCCUUUCAACCCCCGUCGAUGAACCACACGUCCCAAUUCUCGUAUCGAAGAACCUUGCAACAGCGUCCAGAGUCGUGGUCGUAUUCGGAGAGUCUAUUCAAGACAUAGGCGUCUGGGCUUACCGGAGUAUUGGCACAGACGGCAUUGACCAAGGCUCCGCAGUUGCUUUCGCGAGGGCCAUUCUUGAAAAGAACAAGAAUAAUUCCACACCUAAAGACCAGGAAGAUGUUGCUAUUGUACUGGCGAAUACGGGCCAGUUGACCUGGCAUUGUGCUUCCCGUCGAGCGGUUACGCAGGCGACUUGGCUUUCUAUGCCUCGACAUUCAGCCGUUGAAGGGCCACCGACCACGACACGUCGGAACAAGAUCCCUCGUAAUGGCAACUGGCAGGAGCAUGUUACAUGCGUGUUUGAGGAUAUUCUGGCGGCCCGUGGGGAUAUCUUGAGUGAGAAGGCUAAGAUUGACAUCGUCGGUGUGGCCGAGGGGGGUUUGGGGGCAAUUCGCUACUUGGCAAACAAUUGGGAGACUUGGAAAGACCAUGUAUCCGCCAUCUGCCUCCCAAGUCCCCUUCAUCUGAGGGACACUGACCUACUCCCCGAGUCUCCGGAAACUGAUGAAGAUAAAGACAUCACCUCAUAUACAUUUCCUGCCUUCAUUUCCUCGCGUUGCCGUGCCUAUGUUCUCUCUGACCAACCCCUUGAUGCUCCCGUCUCGGGGUUCCACGAAUACGGCUGCAACUGCUACUCCUCCAACGAGGCGUUGAAUAUGGAGUGCAUCAUGCCAAUGGCUUGGAAAGGUGUUAUUGAAUGGCUGGACAAAGUGCACGCGGACCCGGACUAUGCCGAACCUCAUCUGAUCAUCAAGGAGAUGAACGGUAAUGGUGCAGAACACGCCGUGGUUGAAGAGGUAAAGUGAUUGCUGGGGGGUUGGUAUGAGGGGUACGAAGGCACUAUGGGUAAUUUCUCGUUUCCUAUGUUUCCCCCUUCCUCCUGGCGCUUUCAAUCAAAAGCCCAUGGAAUCCUAACACUUUUUUUUUUCCAUUAUUAAGGCUAGGGCUUAUUUGCUAUUUAAGAAGAAUGAAACACUCAAUCUUUGCUUAGAUAAGAGAUUC